AUGACCGUUCGCGAUGUUAUAUGUUAUGAGCCUCAUACGCGGGGGCCAUUGCAAGGUGCUGAGAGCUUCCGGGUCAAUGCGGAUUGGCGGCUGAAUAAUGACAACAUCAGGAAGCAGAGCACGAUCUGGGUGGAAUGGAAGUUCCUUCGACUGUUGUUCAAGAGGGAGACAGGCCGGAAGGUGGAUGAGCUCGUUGGCGAACAGAUUAGCGAGUUCAUCCUAAGUCCUCUUACCGAUGAGUAUGAUUUGGGCCUGUCCAUCGACUACAAGACGGUAGUAAGCGUCAAGGACCUGGUAGCCAUUCUCCACUAUCACUGGUGUUUGGACACCGCCUCUGUCAUCCAUGAGCGGUAUACGCUGCAGAAUCCGCUGCUGAUGCUAUUCAUGGCCUACACAUCAUCGCGCCCUGGAGCACUGAUCGAGAGUGGCUGUCUAUGGGGGUCUAAUGAUGGUCUCUGCUACAAGGACGUUGUGCUGCGUGUCAUUCCAAACCCGGAUCAGCAGGACCGGCAUGUCCUUGUAAUGGAAAUAUCCCUUCUAUUUAUGAAGGAGAAGCGAAACAAGUCGCAACCGACGACGUAUAUUUUCCACGAACGAGACGACAACUUCGCGCUCUGCCCUACCUCCCACUUCCUUGCCCUCGCGUUGGCAGAUGGUGCCUUUGAAGCAAGAGGCAUCAACUCGAUUGAGGAUGUACUCCUCAUUCGGGUACAGGCACCCCGCAACAGCCUGCAUCUGAGAUGGAAACCUCACAUGCUCAACACUCCAAUCUUUCGUCGAGCCAUACACACAGCAGAGGGGGUUCGGAUCUCUCCGGAUAAGGCCCUACCCUAUGACACGUUCAACUAG